UACAAAGUUUAUAGAAAACCAAAAGAAAGUGAGUAAAGAACAAAAAUCCAUGGGGGAAGGGGGCAACUUUUCAAGAAUAUCUAAGUAGGACCUCCGAAAGGCGCACCAAACGCAGUUGUGUUGGCGGUAGCCAUUGAAGUAGCUUCACAUCCACUCUAACUCAAAAAAGGCCUAUCCCCAUCUACCAACAACUUACUAGACCUACGAACUUCCUUCUUUCUAACUCAUCCAUUUCCAUUUUCCAGCUUCACCAUUUCAAUCCCAUUUUCUUCUUUCUCCAACAAUGGCGAAAUCCCAACUCUGUUUUCUUCUCCCUUUGCUUCUCGCUUCCAUCUUCGUCUCCAAUCACCCUGUCAAAUGCGAUGAUGAUGAUCUUCAUAGAGGCAUCAACAGUUAUCGUGCGUCCUUGAACUUGACAGCGCUGGUCGAGAACGACAAUGCAGACUGCCUUGCUGAAGAAAUUGCUGAGAAAUUCAAGAAUCAACCUUGUACAAACACCACAGGUUCCAACACAGUAUCUGGAACCGAACCUCAGUUUUCUGACUUUCCAAACCUGUUAACCAAAUGCAAUUUGAAUGUCUCCAACACAAGAGAUGGAGCCAUAAUGCCUGCUUGUGUUCCAAACCGUGUUGCUGAUCUUGUCCUCGCUAACUUCACAAAAUCUCAGUACUCGGGUAAACUUAACGAUACCAAGUACUCAGGAAUUGGCAUUGGUACUGAAGACGACUGGGUUGUCGUUGUUCUUACCACCAACACAGCUGAAGGAAGUUUUGUGCCAGCAGUAGGAUCAAAUAACACAGCCACUCUCGUUUCUAAGAUUGGUUUGUUCUCUCAGUUGCUGUUCUUAAUUUUUUCUUUUGUCUUAAUGUUGUGAGGAUUUUGUUGCCUUGGUUUGCUUGGAUUUUACUACUUCUGAUCACCCGAUCCCUUUUUCUACACGUUACAAUACAAACUAAUAUGAUAUUUGUAUUUUACUUGUUCUGAGUAA